AUGCCCCCCUCUAGGAUCGCUCUAGGAGCCUCUGCCGCUGUUACUACCACCACUAGACUAGCUGCCAGCCCCCUGGUUCCCUACUGCUCCAUCAAAGGCCGAAAGGAUCUGGAGGAAGAAGAUGAAAACGAAGUCUUGGAUGCUUUCAAAGAGUAUGUCGAGAAAGCAUUGGCUCAACCAUUCUGCUACGACGUUACCACCAAUCCUGGAAGGAAGAGCAAGUGCAGCUGCCUGAAUGAGCUGAGGCCCGAGCUUGAUAGUGAUGACCUGGAUGAAUGUGUCAAGGGCAUGCUGCUGUUUUGCAAGUAUGGAUUUGCUGAAAGAAAUAGAAUUUUGAAAGAAUGGAUCAGAUCAGCUAUGGGAGCGGCAUACAUUCUUCUUGGUCAUCGGCGGAAGGAUCAACACCGAGUGCAUCUCCCCCCAGGUUCCACCAACAGAUUCAUCUGCAAGAAUGCCCUCGCUCAGAUCCUUGGAAUAGGAAGAAGCCAAUGGAGCGCCGAUGUGAAAUUUGCAAAAGACAACAAAGAUCCGGUUCAUGGUCUGAAGGGAAAGCCAUCCAACAGGAUGUGUCAAGAGACACAGGAUGUUUUGCAUGAGUUCUUUAACACAAUGAAGGAGCUUGCCAUGCCUCGUGCAACCAAGGUGGUGAGGCAGCAAAUCUGUGAAGGAAUUACAACAACAAUCGAGUUGGUGAACGACGAUCUGGAAAUGGUUGAACUUCCAUCGUGCAUGACGAAGCGGGGACUCUACAACCGAUUCGUAGGAGAACUUGGCUGGACAAUCAAGUGGGACACCAAGGCACGGAUUCUCAAGAAGACAGAGAAGGCAACAGAACAGAAAGUCACAGCAGACAAGAUUCCAACGUGA